AUGGAAGAACCAGCUGCUAAGAAACCGAAGCUUGCAGAGAAUGGAGGUGGUCUGAACGGAGAGGUAGAAAGUCAAAGAAAUGGCCACGGGGCUAUAGACGGGGCAUUUACAGACUUGUAUACAUUGAAGUUCACGGUGAAGAAUGAUACUAAAGAAUCAUUCAAUGCCGUUGAAAUAUCACCGGACGGAACCAAGUUUGCCACUUGCUCAUCGGAUUCUACAAUUAAGAUAUACUCGACUGAUACUGGAGAGAAAGUUAGUGAGUUACGGGGGCAUACCAAAGGUAUAUCAGAUAUAGCAUUUUCACCAAUCAAUCCCAACAUAAUUGCAUCGUGUUCAGAUGAUAUGACGAUACGACUUUGGUCUAUCAAUAAGGGGAAAUGUAUAAAGAUACUUAAGAAACAUACAUACCAUGUGACCACGAUAAAGUUUAUCCUGAAAGGAAAUAUCUUAAUUAGUGGGUCAGCAGAUGAAACAGUCACCAUAUGGGAUUUGAGUUCAGGAAGAAGUCUUAAGACAUUAGCGGCACAUUCAGAUCCAGUCAGCUCAAUAGGACUAACUCCUGAUAAUACCAUCAUCAUAAGUGCAUCGUACGACGGGUUAAUGAGACUAUUUGAUUUGGAACUGGGUCAGUGUCUCAAAACAUUAGUAUAUAAUAGUGCAAGCCAUGGUACAGCUACUGCUUCUACAAACGAUGUUGUCAAUUUUCCUAUAUCAAAUGUUGAAAUCAGUCCUAAUGGUAAGUAUAUAUUAAGUUCAAGUCUAGAUGGAAAAAUACGAUUAUGGGAUUAUAUGGACAAUAAAGUAAUCAAGACUUACUCGGGGAUUGACGGUGUCAGUUCAGUUAGUGAGAAAUAUGGAUCCAGCAGUCGAUUCUUAACUAAAAUCAAUCCUAUUCUAAUUGUUUCUGGAAGUGACUCCAAUGGCUUAUUGUUUUGGGACGUUCAGACCAAAAAAAUUGUCUGUCAAAUUGAAAACCACUGCCCUAUUCUCGAUCUCGAUACCUGGGCCCAGGGGGAGCUCCUUAUAAGCUGUGAUCUCUCUGGAGAGUUGAAAGUCUACCAACUCAAUUCAAAAUACGUUAAAAGCACUGAAUCUGAAAGUCUACCUGAUUCCCCACGAUAA